GCGAAGUACCAUUAACGCUCCUGGAGAUCACCGACUUCUUGUUUUCUCUCGCCAAAAUGGCGUCUACUGCUAUUUCUACGGAGACUAAGAAAAUAACAGAUUUACGAGUUAUAGAUCUAAAAACCGAACUUAAACGAAGAAGUUUAGAUGUCACAGGAGUAAAAAAUGUUCUCAUCGCUCGACUGAAACAGGCCAUAGAGGAGGAAGGCGGCGACCCAGACAACAUCGAAAUUCCCCUGUCGGUGGACACACCCACUAGGAAAAAUGCCAAAUCUAAAGGAAAGAGGCUGGAUUCAGACACUGACAACACAAUUGAAGAAGAUUCUUUUUCAAAGGAGGCUGAAGAAGAGGAUCUUGAAAAAGAUGUAACUGAUACAGAUGAUGGUACUCGCGAAAAUUCUAAACAUCACGCCUGUGAAGAUGGCCUCGCAGAGGCUGAACAAGCGGCGGAGAUCGAACACGAAGCCGCCUCCUGCGCUAAAGAAGUCGAGGAUGAUAACAUAUCCGUCACAAUCCAGGCAGAAGAUGCCAUCACGUUAGAUGUGGAUGGCGAUGACCUCCUGGACACAGGUAAACAUGUGAAACUUCCAGAUUCGGAGGCAGACAAGGGCUGCGAUGAGCCUGAGGCCUCUGCCCAGACGAACCCGGAGGAAGAUAUGAAGGCGGAAGCUAAAGAUGGCCACAAAGAUGGUAAGAAAGAUGACGGACUGAAGGCUGAUGCUACCAAGAAGGAAAGCAGAGAGACCUCGAAGAAAGCUGAUAUGGGAGACAAAGAGAAGGAUUAUGUGAAGAAAGGCCCCUCGUCUACUGGGGCAACAGGUCAAGCAAAGAGUUCUUCAAAAGACAAAGAUGGAAAGAUGACAAAGGACGAGAAAGGAGGUACGAGCGGGAGUGGAAGCAGCUCGACACGCAACCUUUGGGUGAGCGGCUUGUCCUCCAACACCAAAGCAGCUGACCUGAAGAAUCUGUUUGGCAAAUACGGAAAGGUGUUCAGUGCUAAAGUGGUGACCAAUGCACGCAGUCCUGGAGCAAAAUGUUACGGCUUAGUGACAAUGUCCUCCAGCGCCGAGGUGGCCCGCUGCAUCUCCCACAUCGACCGCACCGAACUCCACGGACAGCAGAUCUCAGUUGAUAGGGUUAAAAGUGACCCUUUCAAAAGGGAGUUCUCUAAAAAAGAAGGCGAAGAGAAGACAAGCUUCAGCAAAACGCCUAGCGACAAACGGACAACCACUGGGACGAAAACGACAAGCAAGACACCAGCAUCCAAAAAGGAGGAGAAGAAAUCUGAGAAGCCAUCUGAAAAGGAGGGGAAAGAUGCGUCCAAGAAACAGGAGGCAAAAAGCUCAAAGUCAGAGCUGAUGUCUUCUGCUCCCGACUCAUCUAAGAAAGAUGAAAAGAAACAUGGACGGCUGAAGAGUCCAGGGAAAAUGGUAGUGAUUGAUCAGACCAAAGCAGAACCUGCGAACAACAAAACCAGGCCACCUUUUCGGAGGGGAAGGUCUGACAAGCCAGUUUUUCCAAACAUGAUGCCUCGCCGACCCAGAUGGUUCAUUCCACCAGAAGAGAUGGACAAGGGUAGGAUUUUCCCUGCUAAGGGGGAGAAGGAUAUCCUGCCCUUUGAGAAGAUGAAGGAGCAGCGCAUGCGGGAACGCCUGGUACGCCUGGAACGCAUUCGAAGGGCCAUGGAGCUCCGCAGGCGACGGGAGAUAGCAGAGCGUGAGCGGAGAGAGCGUGAGCGCAUCCGGCUCCUGCGGGAGCGCGAGGAGCGGGAGAAUCUGCUCAGGGAACGCCAGCGGCUGGAGAUGGAGCGGCAGAAGCUGGAGCGGGAGCGCAUGGAGCGGGAGCGGCUGGAGCGAGAGCGGAUCCGAAUAGAGCAGGAACGGCGUAAGGAGGCGGAACGCCUGGCCCGGGAACGCGAGGAGCUGCGGAGGCAGCAGGAGCAGCUCCGAUAUGAGCAGGAGAAGAGGAGUUCCCUGAAGAGGGGCAGAGAUGUUGACCACAGGAGAGAUGACCCAUACUGGAAUGGCAAUAAGAUCCAGGCCGAGGCAGAAAGCCGCCUGAGUCAAGGCUCAGACUACAGCCGACAGCAGGGCCGCUUCGUGGAUUUCAGCCCCCGUGAGAGGGGGCGUUUCCAGGAGGGCUCCUCUGUGGAGUCCCCAGCCUUUGACAGGCGCAACCGUUUCGAGGGUGAGCCAGACAGUAAAAAAGGGAGGCCGACUCCCCGGAGAGAGAACUCCGGGUUCGACCGCUACCCCAAGGGCUUUGACCCCGGCAGGAGAGCAGAACCGCCUCCACCCCCACGGGCUGACAUGCGGGACACGGACCGGCGGGAGAUCCGGGAUCGAGACGAGCGGAGGACUGUGACCAUGUCCGAGCGGCCUGCAGGGAGCCGGGGAGGCCUGCCGAGCAUGUCUCACAGCAGGCCUGCAAGAGAUUCGCAUGGGGGCUGGAAGAAUGACGGAGAGAUUCCACCUGGCAAGGGGGACAUUCGGCCUGCGGUGCGACUGCGGCCAGAGCGUUCUGGAAGAGACGGGCCCGAACCAGCCCUCAGAGGUGCCCCUACCAGCAGUGGGGGAAGAAGCAGCUUCAGCAGCAGAGACAGUGGUCCCUCGGCCAGCCGGGGACGAUCUGGUUUCGGGGACAGAGACGGAGGUCGGCCCAUGGUGGUGAGCGAACAGCAUUUCAGCUCGGGCCGGCAAGUGGUCGUGGAGAGGCACAGCAGAGACCCCGGUCCCAGGAAGGAGUGGCAUGGGGGUCCAAGCAGCCAGAGCGGGGGUUACCCUGACAGCCGCAGGCUGGGGGAGAGCAGAGGCAGCAUGGUGGGCCAGCACUCCAGCCAUUCUUCAACGGGGAUGAACAGGAUCGUGCAGAUCGGCAGCUCCAUGUCCAGCAGCAGCGGAUUUAAGCCCUUCAAGAGCACCCAGCGCCGAUUCUAAACCCACCCCAGUCUCAUGAUUUCACCUGUUUAUGCAAAACUAAUCUUUCUUUUUUUAUAAGUUUGUUUACUUUUAGUGUUGAAAGGCAGGAUUAAGAGGUUGAAGGAAAGCCAUUUUGUUGUGUAUAGAAGCUUGUAAACUUCAUAGGGUUUCCUAACAGUUCUGCUGUGACCAUCAAAGAAAACUGUGCACAUGUUAUUACUGAUGUUUGGUUUAAGACCUGUACAGCUUUAGUUUGUUUAACAAGUUUUCAUAUGUGGUUUCGAAACGGCCCUUUCCUGGAGGAAAGUACCUGUUUGUACAGUGGCUGCGCUGAAGGCAUUUACCAAGAUCUCAUUUCAUUAUGCUCCUUUUUGGGCGCUUAUGAAAGUUAUUAAAUUAUACGUCUUCUGUU